AUGACUAAUGAUCAACUAUCAAAUCAGUCAGAUAAUCAACAAAAUUUAAAUCAAGAAUUAAUAUUCUUUAAUUAUCAUGAAUACUUAAUUUCAUUACCAAACAAAGAUUAUUCAUUAAUUAUUAAUCAUUUCCCUAAUAUUUAUGUAAAUCAGUAUUCAACUAAAUACAUACAAACUAGAAUUAUAAGAAUACCGAGAAUUUAUGAUACUAUUAAAUUAAGUGAUUUAAUACCACAAUUUUCAACAUAUUAUCCAGGUAUGGAACCAGGUGCGAUUACAACAGAUUUAGGUAAAUCUGUUGAACUAGAACUAUAUCAAAAUCAGUAUUAUUCAAAAGUUUCAAAAUUGACAUGUUUAAAUUUAUCACAAUUUGAAUUAUUUGAAAUUAUAACUAAAAUUAAUCAAUAUUUAUAUAUUGCUUUUAACCCAUUCAAUUUUAUAAUAUUUAUUGAAAGUAUUUUAGAGGUAUUAACAGGAGGAUUCUUUAUACAAGUACUAAAUUUACUAGCGAUCUAUAGUUUUACGAAACGAGAGUUGUUAAAGUUAGAGAUAUAUAUUUCAAACUUAAAUGAAAAAUUUGAAAAACAAAAUCGAAGGAUUAAAUUUAUAUCACCUAGAGAAUCAAAUUAUUUAUCAGUAUGUUUGAAAACUAUUUUAAUUUGA